UUCGUCACUGCUCGCUUUGGUUCUGCUUAUCGGCUGAUUGUGCGGAAAGUGGUAUAUAUUCUGCGUCCAAAUUAACAAGUUGUGCGUUACCUAGAAAGUUUUUCCGAAUAUUCUACGUGGCAUCUCAGUGUGCGUGUCUUAUUUAUUUCCAAUUUGUCAUUAAUUCAUCUUCACCAUGUCCGAAAGUCAUAUGGACGAGUAUGAGCAUUACAACUACGACCAAGACAAAAUAAUCCACUCUGGUCACAGUGGAAAACAAAGGUCCAAGAAAGAAGCCAGUGAACACACCAACCACUUCGACCCUCAGGGGCACUCCAGGAAAUUAACAGAGAAAAUGCAAAACACUGAAAAGAAUAAGAAGGUCGAAGCCACCAGACCGAAACCUGUGACCACGAAGGAAUAAGCUGCCUCCUGAACCGGAAUGAGGACACCGUUAUCUAUUGUAAAGAUUUAUUUUUUUAAAUCUUUCUUUUUAUUUUGUACCCAUUACUACUUGAUCUUUUGAAAAGACCUAGUUUGUAAGUAUGUACUAUUUUUCAAUUCAAACCUAUUGUGUAAAUUUUGUUUUUAAUUAACCAUGGAAAGCAUUUAAUCUUGAAAUCCGAAUUUAAAGCAAUAAAAUAAUCAAAACGAACAAA